GGUCCUCCUGGCCCCCCAGGGCCUCCAGGCCCCCCAGGCAGCCCUGUACCGGUUUAUGAGAAUAAUGCAUUUAGUGAUUUGGGCCCUCCAGGACCUCCAGGAUUGCCUGGCUACCAUGGUCAGAAGGGAGAAAAAGGUGAACAGGGUCUUCCAGGGCCGCCAGGCCAGUUCCCUUAUGACCUCAGCAGAUUCAGCUCCACCUUCAGGGGCCCCAAAGGUGAGAGCAUCAGGGGCCCACCUGGCCCUCCAGGCCCCCAAGGACCUCCAGGGGCAGGCUUUGAAGGACGUCCAGGGCCGCAAGGUCCUCCUGGCCCUCCAGGUCCUCCAGGGCCCCCUUCUUUCCCAGGUCCCCACAGGCAACAUAUCAGUAUUCCAGGACCCCCAGGGCCUCCAGGACCACCAGGAUCUCCAGGCAUUAGUGACCCACCCUCUUUGGGGGUACGGAUUUUAGCAACCUACCAGAACCUGAUGAGCAGAGCUCAUGAGGUGCCUGAAGGGCAGCUCCUUUUCAUCCGAGAGAGAGAAGAGCUGUACAUCCGUGUCCAUAAUGGCUUCAGAAAAAUCCUUCUGGAAGAAAGAAUAUCCAUUCCUAGCUCUGGACUGGACAAUGAAGUCUAUGAAAGGUCUUCCAGCAUCCACUACUCUCAUGGAGGGACAGCCUCCUCUGGAUCCCAUCGUCCAUUUCAGCCACACUUACCAGUACAUGCACGUCCGGAAUAUAGCGCUUAUUCUACAGCCAAGCCUUGGAGAGGUGACGAGAGUGUCGUCGACCCACACCACCUUCCUGAGCAACCUGCCGUCCACCCACCUCGCCAGGGAGCCCAGCAAGAAUCCUUGGACCAUUUCUUUCCCAAUAACCGCCAGGCUGAGACUGCUCCUUUGGCAGUUCACACACAUCAAGACUUCCAGCCUGCUCUGCAUCUUAUAGCCCUGAAUACUCCCCAGAGCGGCAGCAUGCGAGGCAUCCGAGGAGCUGAUUUCCAGUGUUUCCAGCAAGCUCGGCAGGUUGGACUGUCUGGCACUUUCCGAGCAUUCCUCUCCUCUCGGCUGCAAGACCUCUACAGCAUAGUGCGGAGAGCAGACAGGAGCACAGUGCCAAUUGUCAAUCUCAGG